UGGUAACUGAGAGGUCGACUGCAGCUUUCCAGAAUAAAGCAAGGCCUCCGCUGCCAUGUCCUUCAAGGGGGACCAGUAGAUGAUUAGGGUAAUCAACCGAAUUCAGUUUACGGAGGACAAAGUCAUUGGGAUUCUUUGUUUCCGAGAGGAACAAGAUGUCUGGAGAUAUGUCCUUGCGCAUCUCCUUUAGUCGCUGGACUGUCAGGGGGUUCCCCAACCCUUGACAGUUCCAGCUUAUCACUUUUAAGGAAUUGGAGGUGGUGGUGCGCGAAAAUCCACUGAUCGUCGGGCCACCGGGGGAAUAAUAUUACAUGAGGGUCUCAUGCUUGCAGAUGCAGAGGCGUCUUGAUAUUUUUGAGCUGGCUUUGGGGCUCGGGCAGAGGGGGUUCGUCUUUUAGGUGAGCCUUUUGAUAGUGUCACCCUCCGUUUCUUUGUGAUGGUUCCGGCUGCUCCCAAUGCUAGAGUAGAUUGAUUUUUGCUUCCGGGUGGACGCCCAAGCCUUUUUUUCAUUGAGGGGCCUGUAGUAGUUACCGGCUCUCCUGUUUCCUGAGGUGGGGGUUGAAGUCUUUCAAGCACCGGAGGCCUUGUGGCUGGGGGAGGAGAUGGGCCAAGUCUUGCUAGUGCUGAAAGUCUGGAAUCCGAGGGAGUAGGAUCAGCGCAGUUGGAGUAUUGUAUCAUGACUUCCCUGAGCUCCUCCUGUGCCUCCUGAAGAGCUCCUGGUGGGAUAAAAUGAGGGCUUCUAGGAGUUUCAGGCUGUUGUACUGUGUGGGGAGAUGCAUGUCUUUCAUUUGCUCUUCCAGAAGAUACGUGCGAUGAGGCUCUAGGGGGUGGAGGCAGACGCCUGCCAGAGUCCACCCAUUGAGGUUGUUGCCUGGAGAUGUGCCUUGUCGUAGGGUGAGAUUAGGAUGUUCUAUCGCUGUGAUGAUAUGAGUAGCUUCGCCUCAAAUCUCUAUUCAUUAAGACAUCUCGAAGAUCAGAGCGUUGAGAGUGAUAUGAGUUCCUGCUAGAUUCUCGCUGACUAGGUGGGGUAGGAAGGUUUCUGGUUCUGUCUCUUGGACGAGAAGCCGAAAUGUUGAUAUUUGAAGACGCCCUGGGAAGAGUUGCGUUUUGAGGACAGUCUUCUUUCUCAUGAGUCAGUAAGUGACAUAGUGAGCAGUGUUUCUCUAGUUUUUCAUAGAGAAGUGACGCUUCGACCUCAUCCCCAUUUGAAAAUUCCAGAGUUGUGUUAAAGAUGAGGGGGAAGAGACCAUUUAUUUGAGCUCGGAGCCUGGCUUUAGUUGGAGUGAUCUCCCAGGUGUCAAAGAUACCCAAAUCUUUUCCGAUACUGUGAAGGAUGGCUUCAUUCCAGAGGUGAACCGGUACGCCAUGGACUUGGAUCCAAAAGGGUAUAUUGGAUGGAAAACUGGGGGAGAUAGAGGGUUCCCAUUUUUCGAUGAUAAUCAUCCAGUGAGCAAAGUGGUAAGGCCUAUUAUCAAGGACCUUCUGGAGGUCUUCCUGGGUUUUGAAGAGGAAAUGGAAUUUUCCUUUACCUAGAUCUGCUCCUUCGCGUCUUGUGGAGCACUUCCAGUGGUCAGAUAGAAAAAGGAUGAGAGACCACAUUCGCUGGACUUUGGGGUUGGUGACUCUGCCAAUGAGUGUUAACUCGUGUCUUCGCAUGAGUUCGGAGUUAUCGAAUGCAGGGACCUGUACUCUUCCUCUUCUGGGAGGGGAUUCAUGGCGUUGGAUGCCUUUCCCUUUUUCUGCAGCUGAUAAGCGUCGUGACAUAGUGGAAGAAAAACCACAGGGUUCUUUGCAGGGUAAGAGUUUAGGAGGAGUACAAAGGAGUUCUCUGUCCGUAGACAGGAAGGUUACUAGAAAGCAGACUUUAGAAGUGAGCAGGGGGGUUCAUCUGAGUAGUGGACCGUUCCAUAAGGGGAGGAGGGCUUACCGGUGAGUGGAGACGGCCCCGUCGACCGGAGUCGAGGGUGAGAACCCGGGGAAUUUUAGGCCAGUGAAGUGUAUUGACUGGGGGGUAAAGAUAGAAGAGGAAACAAUUUGAAUCUAGAGGGGUGAAAGUCAGAGGUAAAAAACUAGAAAGGUGAUAAGUCUGAGCUGAGACCGCGGGAGAAAAUGUUGCAGGGAAAAGAGGUCAGCGGUUAAAAACCGUUCUCAGAAAGAGUGCCUGAGAGCGUUUUUCACCGAAAUUUCUUGGUUGUCUUGUUAAUUAUUUGAUUUGUUUAAAGUCAAUUUUUCUUGCUGACAAAAAAAGCAAACUUUUUUUAUAUCCGUACAUCCGUACCGCCUAUCCGUACCUGCUAAUAAUAGUCGAAACGUAAAAGAUUUGAUAUCCUUAAAUGCGUGAUAGUAGAUGAAAGAAACUUAAAUAAGACCAUUUUUGAUGUACACAUAUACACACGAGUGCCAAAUAUUAUUUUAAUUGGAUUUCUUUCCUUUUCAAAGAAUAUUAGAUUAAGCUAAUGAUAUAGUAAAACAAGGUAUGAUGGUGGAAGCCAUUAGAACAUCUACAGUGGAAAUUUAAUCUAAAUAUUAAUUACUUAAUUAAAAUUUAAUGUUUAAAUAAAUUUUGAAUCAUUUAUAGGCAUACAUGUAUCAAAAUAAUUUCUUAUGAAUAUCUCAAAGUAUUUUACUUGGGAAACUCUUCUGAUUUUCUUUUAUUUUCUAUUUUCCUUAUUUUUAUUGAAAAAUACCUAUAACUAUCUAGCAAUAAUAUAAUUAUACAAAAGGAACAUCCACUACUUUAAUGUCAUAAAAUCUUAAUUAUCCUUUGCUUGUUGCUGAAUCUGCAAAAAAAGGCGGAGGGUUAAAAAUCUGCAUUUUUAUAUUCUACCAACCCACAGUUUUGUUAGAAUGAGAAUUAUAUCAAUGAAACUUCAAAUAAGAAACAAGUGCAUAUAAGCUUGUCUGAUCUAUGAAAAUUUAAAAUAAUGACUUACUUUUAUCUAUUUGUAAGUUAUAUUUUAAGGGUUUUAAUUUAAACAAAAAAACAUAGUGUAGUUUUUCUGAAAACUAUGGAUUAAAACCACUAUCUCACAAAUAAGAAGAAACAUACGUGUUCUUUGGUAAAAAUCAAUUCGUGGAGAAGCAUACGUGUUGGUAAAUAAAAUGGGAGUAAUCAUACUUCCUUAGUUCCUUCAGUACUAAAACAGUAAGAACAAAACAACUGGAGAAUUCAUACCCUAGUCCACACUCCACACGGGCUCCGAUCUUAGGAUGAAGCUCCUCAUCCUAAACUAUUCACACUAUGAAUAUCCGCUAUGAGAUGAUCAAUAUCUAACUCAUGUCAUCAUGUGACCUUUUACCACUUCCCCCAAAUGCUUGAAACUUUACCAUUUCAUACAUGUUCAAAAGAAAGACCAUCUCUUGAUCACAGAGAUGAAAACAUAAUAAGAAGAUUGAAACUUUUAAAAAUCGAUCUGACCUCGCCGUCUGAAUCGCCGGAAGGUCCGAGCUUUUCUCAUCCCUGGCGUCUCCUCCUUGUCUUUCUUUCCCCUUGACUCACUCCGCCAUGGUUUCGAACGGUACCUUGGCGUCUCCAUCGAGUCAAAGCGACAAGCUUCAAGAUCCUCCGCCUAUGGCCUUAGAUUCUUCUUCAGCUCCACUGGGGGUGGAACUUCCGAUUCUUCGUGGCUGUGACACUGACAUCGUUGCUCCUCCUUGUACUGAAGCUCAGGCCUCUCAAAUCAUCUCAGCUUCUCAUCUACCAACUGUAGAAGCAAACGUAACAUCCGGUUCUACCACGAGUAACCAGUUUGUGCCUUCAUUGGGUUCAUGGGAAAAGCCACUCAUCUUUGUGCCACCUACUACCCCUUCUGUUCCAUCCACUCCAACGGAAUUUGAUAAAGCACUUGUAGGAAAUCAACUUGCUUCUCUUUGGCCAAUCCUUAAUGACGGAAUCGUGAACAAGCAAGACAAGAACAAGCAUCCUAAUCGUUCCUUACAGGUUCCAUUAGAGAAGCUGCCACUUCCAGAGCUUAAAGCCGAUGGAUCUCUCCGUUUCCCGUGGGCUGCAAGGUUGGGUCCCCAGUCACGCAAUCUUUUCCGGGCAACAUCACCUACCUAUCGCCUUGAUGGCACCCCUGAGGUAACAAUACCUUCAAAAGUCCUUAGGUUAGGACCUGAGAACAAGGAUGAAUAUCUCAUUGGGAAAUUUCAUAGAUGUUCUUUACCCCCGGGUGGACUUGUUCAUGCUGUGGUCAAUAAAAUUUGGGGAAGAAGCUGCAAAAUUUCUUGCAAGAAGAUUAGUGAUUCAUCCUAUAUGUUUCAUAUCCCACACCAAUCUACUCGUCAGUGGAUUAUACAAAGGGGAGUUUGGCAUAUUGAUGACUGUCUGCUCUUUGUGUUGCCGUGGACACCUGAGGGCUCAUUCAAAAUUCCAGAAGUUUCAACUCUUCCGGUAUGGGUGACUUUGAAGGAUAUUCCUGACUGCUGCUACUCUAGACUAGGAAUUAGUCAUAUUGCAUCUGGUCUUGGAGAGCCUAUAUUAACACAAAAACCUCGGCUUGAUCCUACUAACUUGGGGGAAACAAAAGUAUUGGUGGAAAUGGAAUUGGAUAAGGACUUUCCAAAGCUUAUAGCCCUUGAUGAUAAACAAGGUAACAUCUUUCUAGUUAAAGUUGAAUAUACUUGGAUCCCUUCCACAUGUGAUAGGUGUGGGUGUUUAGGCCACAAAUCUAAAAGAUGCCUUCAGCCUCCUAAGACUCCAGAGGAUAAAACCUUAUCAUCAAAUUCAGUGGCUUCUAGUGUUGAUGUACCCGUGGUGGAUAUUGACAUCAUUCUUCACCAAAAUGAGAGUGCUGUCCCAUCUCCCUCACCGUCUACUCAAAAGGUAGUCACUGAGCAAGAAAGUCUUCCUGCUACUAACUUGGCGUGCGAGGUUCCAAAGAUAUGUAACCAAUUCAGUGCACUGGAUGUGCUUCCUGUCAGUUCUGAAUCGGAAGAAACAAUCACUGAAAAAGCUGCUACAAACUCAGGUUUGGGUUUGGCUCAAGAUCAAGAAACACCAUUUGUUGCACCUAAUGUUUCUACGGAAAGCCCAGGAAACAAUGUAGCUGCACACAAUUCUAUCUUAUCCACAAGGAUUCAACAAGGUAUUCAAACUACCCCGCCAAGCUUGAUCACUUCUACACCCACAUUAGCAGAUUUUCAGUCUGCCCAAGCUGCAACACCUUCUAUGGAAUCUUCUCCAUCAACAAAACUUAUCAACAAUGAGGAUCAAAACACCUAUGUUGUUGAUCCCUCAACCACAACAUCUGAUGUUCAUGUAUUCGAGAGUCCUUCUCGUUUUUCAGCGCUAGGUGAUGUGGAUGGAGCCGAGAAUGAGUCACUGAGCUCGCUUGGCUUGACAAGGGGUGGGAGAGAGACUAGACCUCCUAUCAAGUUCCAAGAUUUGGAAUGGAAGACAGUACAAGGACGAGGAAAGCAUGGCCGGCGUGGUCGUGGUUCUAAGCACUAGCUAUUGUCUACUAUUUCAUCAUGGGUUUUCUAGUUUCUCCCUAAGUUGUUUCAUAGGGAUGAGAUGUUAUCUAUCAUGAUAUGUUCAUGCAAGUUUUAUCUCGCUAUAGGGUUUCAUCAUCCUAUCUUGUAAACUUUUAAUGUUUUUUAAAUUUGAAAGCCUUUUUAUCAAAAAAAAAAAGAUUGAAACUUUACCAAUAUCUUAGUAAAAAAAAGAUUGUUCAUUAUCCUUCUAGAGAACAAUUCUAGACUAUCCUACUUUCUCCGAUUAUUUCAUACGUUACAAAACAUUCCGGACCAAUGAGAAACCUCAGAAACUUAUAAACAUAUGUACCUUUCAUCCCGAACAAUCAAAAUUGAUUUAAAAAACAAAACUAAUCCUAUAAUGUUUAGGAUAAUUAAUUUUCCCUUAAUCGUUUUCGCCUUCUUGCUCUCAAAUGUCGCAUUAACCAAAAAAUGUUCAACAUCCACUGUUAGAGCUGAUAUUUUUCUGAACGGUAGUUGAUUAACGCUGAUUGUUAUUAGUAUUAACCAUAUUAAUUCAUUACUUAAGUUUUUCCUGAUUAUUAAACCAAUGUCAACGUACUUUAGUUUUGCCAUAACUGGAAACCCAUUAACUUUUUUUUUUUUGAAGAAAGGCUUAACCCAUUAACUUUUUACAUGCUCAUUUCUCUUUCUAAUUUCAAACCACUUUUUGUUUUCCUUAAUUGAUUAACUACAAAGUACUGGAGCCUAUUGGAAUACAUUAGCAGUCAUUGUCUUGCAUGCAACUAACCUUUUCACUUUCUGUUGCAUAUGUGUUAUAUUCGAUUCUUCAUUAAUUGUAAGUGUUUCCUUAACGGACACUUUUUCACGUACGUCUAUACAAAACGGACGAUAGUUUUGACAAUUAGAUGUUAAGAAAAACUGACAAGAUUU